AGCUACGCCUGCGGGGGAUUUGUUGAUCGGUCUGGGUUCGGUCUGAAUUCUUAGUACUCCUUUAAUCUUCCUUUUCUUUUGCCCGUACAAUAUUCCCUGGCGCCAUACCUUGUUAGUACCUAUUUCAGAGUAAAAUACUGAUCUUCGAGCGCGGGAUGGGAUGUCGGCUUCUUCUCAAUUGCUACCACUCACUCCCUUGCCAUUAUUCCAUUUGGCAUGAAUCAUGGAUGUCCAUUUCUUCAUUCCUCUCUCUCUCUCUCUUCCUCCCUCUUUAAUUUUCAACUUUCUCCGCAUCUCUUUGUCCUGUAUCAUCUCCCAACCCUCCUCGACCUCAUUCAUGGUUUUCUGGGUCGAGUCCGCAAACACUCACCCAUUAUCUAUCUCCCUCACCAUCCAUAUGUUAACAUUCAACCCACAUUCUGCAUCCACUCAUCUCUCCCGCUCUUAUACUCUUUCUCUCCAGCCUGAAACUCGUUUGCAACGACUUGGUUGCAUGGAAAAAAGUCCUUUAUCUAGGUUUUCCCACUCAGGCAUGUUAUUCUUCCAUGACAUGGUCUUUCCCAAGCUCGUUGAAGUGCAAUGGCGAAAUUGGGUUGCAUAUUGCUCUGUGCACACAAAGGAGAAAAGGGGGAUAAAAAGGAGAAAAUCGAGAGAGAGAGAGAGAGGAAGAGCGCACCUGCGGGUCCCUUGUUUGUUCUUUUGUAACCCCGUUCCUGAAAGCGUGUAAUUAGCUUUUGUGUGUGUGUGCGCGCACGCUCCGAACGUGUGCCCCCAUUCUCAAUACCUAACAGAAUGUUCUACUUGUGGUUCCUGGGACGUAGAGGAUUGAUGAUAUGGAAUUUAGAGGGU